CGGAAGUGGAAGCGGUUUCCGGUGAGGGUGGGGGUUGCGAGGGAACGGGUGUUCGUGGAUCUCCGGUCGCUAUGGCUGUACUGAGGCUGCCUUCCAGAGUCAGCAGGCAGGUCCGCUCCGGGGGGCUCUCCCUGCCCCUGCCCCUGCCCCGGAGACGGAGCACCUCCAGCUCCGAGCUGGACUAUCUGCACAAGAGCAUCGUGCCCACCGACCACUUCCAGAGGAGCCUGCCGCGAUUACCAAUUCCAAAAUUGCAGGACACAAUGCAACGUUACCUGACUGCACAGAAGCCACUUUUAGAUAAUGACCAGUAUAAGAGAACUAAACAGUUGGCUGAGGAUUUUGAAAAGGGAAUUGGUAAACAGUUGCACGAAGAACUUGUGGCCCAAGACAAAAGAAAUAAACACACCAGCUUCAUUUCAGGACCAUGGUUUGAUAUGUACCUCACUGCACGUGAACCAGUUGUCUUGAAUCAUAAUCCCUUUAUGUCUUUCAAUUCUGAUCCAAAUUCUGCAAACAAUGAUCAGGUUAUUAGAGCGACCAACAUGACUGUGUCUGCACUGCGUUUCAUGAAGACUUUUCGAGCUGGCUUGUUGGAACCUGAAAUCUUUCAUCUUAAUCCUGCUAAAAGUGAUACAUCUUAUUUUAAGAACAUCAUUCGAUUUGUUCCUGCCUCUCUUUCAUGGUAUGGAGCCUACAUGGUUAAUGCCUACCCACUUGAUAUGUCUCAGUACUACAGACUGUUCAAUUCUACUCGUAUUCCCAGACCAGGUAGAGAUGAGCUGUUUACAGAUGAGAGUGCCAAGCACUUGCUGGUGAUGAGAAAUGGACAUUUCUACACAUUUGACGUUAUUGAUCGAGAUGGAAGAAUCACAAAAGCUUCUGAAAUCCAAGCUCAUUUCAAAUAUAUUUUGUCUGAUCCGAGGCCCCCUCCUGAAUUUUGUCUUGGAUAUCUGACAAGUGAAAAUAGAGAUACUUGGACCUCGAUGAGACUGAGGCUGUUGGAGGCUGGGAAUACAGAGACGCUGAAGAAAAUAGAUACAGCCGUCUUCUGUAUUUGCCUUGAUGAUAUCACUGUGAAGGACCACCUGCAGCUCUCUCAUAACAUGCUUUAUGGAAAUGGCCUCAACCGCUGGUAUGACAAAUCCUUCAGCAUUAUAUUAACCAAAGAUGGUCAUGCAGCUGUGAAUUUUGAACAUUCAUGGGGUGAUGGUGUAGCCGUACUGCGUUUAAUGAAUGAAAUUUUCAAGGACACAACUGAGACACCUGCAGUUUCAGCCACUACCUUACCUGCAACAGUUGACUCCUCUCAGUCUGUGCAGAAGCUUGAGUUUAAAUUUGAUGAUUUUCUAAAAUCGGGUAUUUCGAAUGCCAAGGAAAAAUUUGAUAACACAGUGAGCACCUUAACUUUUGAUGCACUGGAGUUCAAAAAAGGUGGGAAGGUAUUCCUGAAAAAACACAAUGUCAGCCCUGAUGCAGUUGCACAACUCUCUUUUCAGAUGGCUUUUUUGAGACAGUAUGGAAAAACGGUUGCCACCUAUGAGUCUUGUAGCACCGCAGCGUUUAAACAUGGCCGGACAGAAACAAUUCGCCCUGCCACCAUUUAUACAAAGAAAUGCAGUGAAGCAUUUGUGAAGGAGCCAUCAAAACACAGCAUCUCAGACUUGCGGGCGAUGAUCAACGAGUGCUCCAAGUAUCAUGGACAGUUGACUAAAGAGGCUGCCAUGGGUCAGGGAUUUGACCGGCAUUUGUUUGCUCUGCGAUACCUAGCAAAAUCUAAAGGAAUAUCUUUACCAGAACUAUUCCAAGACCCAUCAUAUAUUCAAAUCAACCAUAAUAUUCUUUCUACUAGCACUCUCAGCAGUCCUGCAGUCCAAUUAGGGGGUUUCGCACCAGUCGUUCCUGAUGGUUUUGGUGUUGGUUAUGGUGUUCAUGAUCACUGGAUAGGAUGCAACCUAUCCAGCUAUCCGGCUCGAGAUCCUAAAGAAUUCUUAAAAUGUUUAAACAAAAGCCUGAAUGACAUUUUUGGUGUGUUAGAAGGACAACCUGUCAGCACCUGAGGUACAUGAACUAAGUGGCUAGAAAUGAAUCCGAAUAUAAUGACUGUACUCUGCAAUUAUAAAAUGUGUGCAUUUAUAAAGCAUAUUGUUGAUCAGUAUAUUCUAGAAGAAAAUGAUAAUUGAAUCAACAGUCAAUAAUUGAGGGUGAGACAAUGUUGUGUAUUUGCAAAUCUCUAUUCCACUCAGGGUGGCUCACGGUGAGCUGGCUCACAGCACCAGUGACCCAGGUUCAAUUCCACCCUUGGGAAACUGGCUGUGGAGAAUUUGCACAUUUGCCCUGUGCCUGCAUGGGUU